AGUCGCUAUUGUGGUCUCCAUCGUGAAAGGAACGACCGAUUAAUCCCGGUGUCGUGUAGUGAAUAAAGUGUUCAUGAAAUAACAUUAGAAGGGAAAUUAACUAGUGCUCAGCGCCGAGAUCCAGCAUAGCCAUGAAGGCUUUGAUGAUUUUUCUGUGCGGUGUGGUUGCCGUAAGCCACGCCCAGUUUUCAUCAGGCCAGUACGAUCACUCCUUCGGAAAUUUUGGAAAUGAAAACCCCUCAAGUUUACAACCAUUUUACUACGAUUCGCAAUUUGGAACUGGACAUGUUUCGCUUGCCAGCCCCUCAAGUCCGUUCGAUCUGUUCUCUACAAACACGCUGAACAGCAAUAAUGUUUUUCGUCAACAGAGCGGCAGUGCGCUAGAUCGAGGUGGCGGUUUUCAAACGGCGCCUCAGAACUCGUUCAGCACGUACUCGAGUUACCCGUUCGUGAACAAUCAACUGAGCUCACCUUCGUCUGGGCUUUUCUCGAACCAGUAUUCAUCACCUACAAACUAUAACUAUCAGCAGCCCCAAAGUCAGUCCCUCAGCUACCCACAGGUUCCACAAGCUCUCCAGCAAAACGCCUACCAGACUCCCGCUUCCCCAUUGAACGAGUUUAGCAAUCAAGUGCAACAGUCGUACCCCAAGACACCAGCCACUCCUGCUUAUCACGCCCCGGCGCCCGCUCCGCUUAACUACCAACAACCUGCGUAUCAACCACCCGUUCCCCAAUACAAUCCUUCACGUGAACCAGCCUACCAGGCGCCGACGCCAGUGACCACCUCCCGCCCGGUUCCGUACAUCAAUACUGCACAGCUAUCGUAUAACGCUGCCGAGAAUGCUCUCCCUUCCUCAAAUACUGCAAAUUCUUCGAACACCCCGAAAAAACCUGUCGUUGUACAUCCACCUGCGUCCGUUCAUUACGUAAGCAUCGGUGAAAAGCUAGAGGGUGACUACAAAUUUGGUUAUGAGACUGGUAAAGGUUCAAAUGGCGAUGAGUCAUUCCGAACGGAGACUCGCGACGCCGAUGGAACUGUCCGAGGAUCUUACGGCUACGUUGAUCCUAGAGGUAAACAAAUAACUGUUCAUUAUGAAGCUGGACGAGAGGGAUUCAAGAUUUUGUCCGAAGAUGAGGUCAAGGGAGGAGCUAAACGGACACCCGCAGCAGCGCCGGUUCAGCCGAACCAACCUGCUCCACCAGCGGCUGUCGCGCCUACAACCCCGCCAACUCCGCCUACUGCCACCGAAACCCCCCUAUUAGAACACUCGACACAGGCCACCCCUCAACGCAGAAGGAAACGUAAACCUAAUCAGGCUCAAUGAGGAAUCGCCAUUUCGUCAUCAAUUUCUUAUCACCAACGCAUGAACCAAUAAAAAAGAGAAUGAUAAGAUCUAGCUCAUUGAACUAAUUUAAUAAGAUCGUGCCUUACCCCCCUGAGAAAGACCAACAUCGUGUUUUGUUGCAUGCGAUGUUAUUGGACCUGGAGCCCCAAUUUAGCCAAACUUUCACUGUGUAAAUACAUACCCUCACUUGUGGGCUUCAUCCGAACGGCAUCCAAUGUCUCAACGUUGGUAUUAGUCAGCCCAUGGAAUUUUUUUAUUGAUGUCCAAGAUAUGCCGGAUUCUACGCUAACAUUACGCCGAAGACCGUGAACAGUUCCAUCUGAUCGAAUUUUUGGUAACAAUGAUAAUACACGAUAACAAAAACAUUAUGGUCACCGAGUUGAAUGUUUAAGCGGAUGAAAGAGACGGAAUACAUGCAAGAACGUGACGCGCGAUUGUCUUUGAUAGAAGCACAACCUAAAUGGUUCAGCUACGUUGCGAACUGGAGUCUGUUUGAAACUUGUUAUUGCUUCUCCUGUAUUUGUGUUAACUUUACAGACAUUGAUCGAGAAGUACGGCAUCUUCUUGAGGCAUUCUUUGACCCUAGACUCUAUUGAAUUUGGACAUAUUCACAUAAUGAGAAAACGGAAUCUCUGUUGGUCAUCAUGUUUGGCUUCACGCUACUAUUGUUAACAAAUAGCAUUUCACAAUAAAGUUGGCCAGUUUUGUUGUUCUUUAUUUUGACGAUUAAUACCAUUAAUACGAAUUCUAAAGGGUAGAGUAGUUCGGGUUUUAUUGGCAAUGCAUAAAAUUAACGCAUGACUGUGCGGCACUUCAGCCAGCUUCAUUGUCAACGCUAUUCGGAUUCGUACAAGCUAUGUUGAAAAUAAGCGACUUCAGAUCUAACACACUCGUGCCCACAGGUCAAGCGGUUCGAUAUUUUUGUUUAGCAAUUGCCAAGAUACUUGCCAAUAACUUAGGCUUUUCUAUGACCUUUCUGAUUCUAGCAAAACGAUUUCGUCAUUCUUCAGCUGGCUAACAACGCUAACAACGCGUUUAUAUUAAUGACUUUAAAGAAAAAAUAGUUAAUGCUUCGCAUAGCAGUCAGUACCUCAAGACCCUAUGAUUGCCAAUUCGUCUGUGUAUCUUCCUAUCUCAAACUGUUUCGGAUAACAACAACUGCCUCAUGCAAUUGCCUGACGAAAUAUUAUAGAUCUACACCGGUCUGUUGGGCUGAGAGUUCGCAAAAGGAUGUUAGAAUCACUUUACCCUUAUAUAAGGUGCCCACCUUUUGUGUUUGCGCAGAGUCAACCAUAAUGAAGAUCGAUGCCUUUGAGGUGAUGAUCGGAAUGGGUCGAAGGCGCUACCUCGCCAGAUGUUUCACCUCUGUGAUUCGUUUUAUGCUUACUUGAGAUUGGUUUCAUAUGUUGAAGUAAGUUCUCAUAAAAUACGAUCUUUAACUUUGCGCGUUGAACGGAGAUAGCAUCAAGUAAAUGUUUGUUUGUUUGUUUGUUAUUUCAGCACUAUAAUGUAACUCAGUUACUUUGUGGGGCGUCGUCCGUCUUUGGAAAUUCAGAAAAUAGCCACUACAGAUUGAGAUAUCUAGCAUCACGUGACUGCUUUCAAAGGCUGUCUGUCAAUCAACAGGCGUUUCUUCAGUAAGAUACCCUUUUGUCAAAGUGGCGAUGUUCGAUCAAAUGAGAGAGCUACCAUAAUUGGUUUUCGUGUCAAAAUUCUUACCUCAACGACCUCUAUGUUAGGAAUGAAAAGGUACUAUAAAUACAUUGAGGUUUUGUAGAUUGUCAGCGUUCCUGCAAUACGCGUGACUUGUCAUCUAGGGCCAAACGUUUUGUCCUAUAUGAGUCAGUAAUAGUGCAUCAAAAACACAUAUCUGAAACGUUACAAGCCAGACCAUUUAGGGUACACUAAGCUACAAUAACUUAAGCGGAUCAUGGCCAUCAAACUAAAAAUGGUUCGGUGAUUAUUGUUUUGGACGAGCAGGACUUGGUGCGAUGUCAAAGACAAAACUCAACGAAUACGAAAGCGCAGUAAAUGAUUGUUUCCCGCGCCUGGUCAUCUGACUAUCCUGACCAAGUUUCAGGCGACCUUGGUAAAAACAUGCAGAAAUUCAAAGAUUCGAAAGAAAGCUGCGUAAGUCGUCGUUGACCGACGGUAAGAGUGAGACAAUAUAGUUGUCGGAGGGUUCGCACUAUUUCGCCAUUGACGCUAACAUUGUGGUACUGUAUAAGAAAGUCUCACACUACAAAUUUGUUGCGCAUAGUGGCCAAGCAAUCGUGAGGUAAUUUUACCUCAAAAAAUUUUCGGUCAGAGUUCUUUCAGCAUCUGCAGAGCUGUACAAGACGGUUAUGCAUCCUCAUUGGGGGUCUACUUACGAAUGAGCUGUCGCGUGUAUUUCAACGAGAUAAAUGACUACAUUGGUGAUAGUAGCGGUAUUAAUACAAAACCAAGCUGCACAAAAAAUAAAAAGCGUGAUAUGGGGCGUUAGCAUUAUCUAUAGACAUUUUAUGAAAAAAAUUCGUAAAAUUUAGUUCUGAAAUUUGAACAAACAACCUGCCAUAAUAAAGGCUUAUUGAUUCUGUUUACGCCAUAUUUUUUUGGUCAGCACCUAUCAAUGCCGUUGUAUUCAGAUGCCCAGUGUCUCACAAUGUUUUAUUUUUUUCUAUCGGAUAUAUACUAUUUCCUAUCCGUAUUAAUUGCCCAAAUAUGGGCAUUAUAGUUGAACUACUGUCAUUUAGUACAUAUUCAAGGGCCUAUAUUCUAACUCGCGGUCUAAUCCUAAUCAUCAAAGCGCGUAAGCUUCAUAAAUGAAAGGCAGUAUUUUUCGUGCAGAAGAAGCGAGACGCGUCCAAUAUCCUUUAAACUGUUUCCAAUAACGCGCAGAAACCCCCGAAAUUUGCCCACGUGAAUAUAGAUAGAUUAUCGAUCUACCAAUACUGUAAUUGCAUACAAAUAUUGUCACAGUUACCUUGCCUAGCAACGAUAUAUAGGAAAGGUAGCAAGUAAAUAAAUAAAUCGAUUGAUACCGCACA